UCGUGAACUGUGAGGGAUACAUUUUUAUUUUGUAAAGCUUAAAUUUAAAUUAACUUUAAGCUUUAAAUUAGAGAGUCACAGAAGAAAUAUGUAAAAAAGGACUCUUACGUAGAUAAAGGCUUCAUUUUUUAAGUAUUAAGAUGUUAUCGAGACAUUUUCUUGAGAGCAAAACAUUCAAUUUUGCAAGAAUGUGUUUCCUAGUCAAGUGUUUGAAGAGACUGAAAAGUUCACAACAAUGGUUAUGUCGUCAAAAAGCUGACCCCUACGUGGAAAAAGCUAAAAUCUAUAACUACAGAUGUCGGAGUGCGUUUAAACUAUUGGAAAUGAACGAAAAAACCAAUAUUCUCACACCUGGGCUGACUGUGGUGGAUCUUGGUGCUGCUCCAGGCUCAUGGACCCAAGUUGCUGUACAAAAAACUAAUGCUGACGGUGCUGAACCAAAAAAACCAAGAGGAUCUGUGUUGGCUAUUGACAAGUUACAAAUAUUUCCUAUUGAGGGAGCAACUAUCUUGAGCAACAUGGACUUCUCUACAAUAGGUGCUCAUGACAGAGUAGUAGAAUUACUUGGAGGCAAGAAAGUGGAUGUUGUUCUCUCAGAUAUGGCACCCAGUGCUACUGGGGUCAGAGAACUGGACAAAGACAGAAUUAUUGGACUAUGCUACAUGGCCAUAAGAUUUGCAGCAUUAGUGACAAAAAUUGAUGGCAAUUUGCUCUUUAAAGUCUGGGAUGGAAAGGAAGUUCCUAUAUUAGAAAUGGACUUAGAAAGGUUUUAUAAGAGCAUCAAAAUACUCAAACCAAAAGCAAGUAGAUCUGAGUCAUCCGAAAAAUUUAUUUUAGCAAGAGGUUUCAAAGGGAUACAAAGACCUUUGGAGAGUGGUCGGUGGGGUUAAGUUUGUUGUUUAUGCAUAAAUAAUAGACAAGGUCUUCCAGAAUUACUAAUAAAUAAUUGUGAUUGCAGAUUUUUAUAGAAGGAAAAUAGAAUAUGUUCUAUUGUUAUUGUAAUCUAUAGAUAUUUUAAGUAGGACAUGCUUUAUUAAGAAAAUAGGAAAAGGAAAAUGAGUAAAAGAUUUAGAUAUAAAAUAUUACAUAUUUUUUAUUUUGAUAGCAUAUGUAAGCAUUUUAAUGUUAUACUUAAAACAAGAACAAUAGCAUAAUAAUGUAGCCAUUGUAACUAAAAUAAUAUGUAAAAUACAUAAUAUCCAAAUUAACAAUCAUUGCCAUAUUUCACUUGUUGAACAAUAAUGUAAGAUUUGUACUUUAAUAUUUACAAUAAAAUAUACAUAUUUGGCAUAACAUGUAUGUCUCUUUAGAGUCACAUUAAACAAUAAUAUCACAACAAAUAAUUAUGUUCACAUUUUCCCAAAAUUGCGUUUUAAAUAAUACUUUUCCUUUCUUAAUUUGACAAUUAUUAUUAUGAGAAAGCAUAAAGAUAAAACUACAGUACUCCUGUAAACUAGCUUUUACCUACUUUUUACAUAAACAAUGUCAAAAAUACUGAUUUUCGUGUUGAUGAUUCAAUCUGCUAAUAGCCUAAGCUUGCUGAAACCUAAUGAGUAUUUGCUUUCCUUGAUAUAUUUUAUUAAAUCAUAGAUUAAGUAAUUAAAUGAUCACAGUCAAAUGUUUUGUCCAGAUUGUGCAAUAUUUAUACAACCAUUAUAGCAUCAACAUGAAGCAACAUGCACUUUUUUGGCUGAAAUGUUAAAUAACCAUAAUAAAUUAUUAAAGUAAUUAAAUUCUAAUUAAUUAUAAAUUCUGACAAAUGACAAUCAAAUUGCGUGUCAAGUUCUUAAUUACGACUUCAUUCUAAAAUAGCACAGAAAGACAAAAGAUUGUGAAAUGAAACUAUCCAUUGUUUUAUUAUUUAACAAAAACUUACUUUGAUUGAUGUACGCAAGUAUUUAGAUAAUUGACUCUUGUUUUAAAUCAAAACUUUAAUUUAUGUACAUGUCUUCAGAGGCCGUUUCUAUAUUGUAUAAUUAUUAUGAAAUCUCGGUUCAGUUAUUGCAUUGCAAAUACAUAUCUCCAGGAGAAUUAUUAUGUUGCAU